UAUGUUCAAAUGCAUGUUUAAAAAUUGAGAGUGACGUCACGGUGUUAUUUGCAUACUGCGCAGUAUUUAUUGUUUGAGGAAGGUUCGCAGGUUACACUCCACUGCUGCGACCAGGACGCAACCUGCAACUUCUCUCUGAGUAGACGACACCUUUGAGCCCCUGCAGAUAUGGGUGACAAACCUGACGUUUCGGAAGUGGAGAGCUUUGACAAGUCCAAGUUGAAGAAGACUGAGACGCAAGAGAAAAACACCUUGCCCACCAAAGAGACAAUUGAACAGGAGAAGUCUGCAUAAUCAUGGAAGACCAUCCUCCUGUGCUAUGUACAUUCCGCAACCAUUGCCUUUUUCCACAUUUUCUUAAGCUGUACAAAUUGUAUUAGUAAAAUUGGGCAAAAGCAAUGAUUGUACAACCUUACCCACUUCCACACACCCCUCUACAGCAAGACAAGAACUAUGGAGUGGCAGUCUGUAGAAGAAAUGUGGCUUGACGUCAGCAUGGGUUCUUGGUCAGCUUGUUCCUGUGUCUGCAGUUCCUUCAACUCAGUGUGUCCGAGAGCAGGAGUGUGACUGAACAACUGAGGGAUCUACACUUGUAAGAAAGUGUAGCCCUACCCUGGCCACUUGCAAAAUGCUCACAAAGCCAACAGUUCUUUUUUUUUUUUUUUUCUUUGUAUGGCUUAAAUAUAAUGGCAUGCAAAAGUUUGUUUUGAUAUGCAAAUAAAAACUCUACAUUGUG